ACUAAGUGUUGCUAUUAAUACUGCUGAGCAACGAGCUGUAGCUGGUGAAAGCUAAUGUAGUCUCAGCUGAUGAGAAGAGAAGCAUCAGUAAACUUCAUCGAACUGAAGAGAAACAUUUGGGCAAAUGAUGAUCCUUUUGAGGUGAUUUAUUUAUUUGAUUUGAGGCUUCAAGACCAUGGGAGAACCCAUCUCAAGCACUGAAUCAGCACAUCCUGAAUCCAUCUCAAGAUAUGAGCUGUUAAUUCUGCACACCACUGAGGCACAGGAAUGGGCGUCAUAUUUGCACCAGAUUUUGAAAAGUUCUCGCAAAUUCCACAAAAGAUCAAUUUUGCUAUAUGCAAUCAGCACAGCCGAUGAGCUCCACGGAUAUAAUUUUGAAUAUUUCCAAAGCUGCAAGAGCAUCGUGCUGCUCCUCACAGGGGUUUUCCUUGACAUCCUCUGUGACCACGAACUACAGGAGGCACUUCAGAGAAUUCUCUAUCCUCCUCACCGAGUGGUGGCCUUUUUAUGUGGUGUGUCUGAGGACGAACUAUUGACAAAGAUUUUCCAAGACUGGCCAAGCUGGAGGAAGCUCUACGCAGAGGAUGAGCCUGGUGUUUAUGUUUCUACCAUUUUGGAAGCAAUAGCCAACAGCAGAAGAGUGGAGCUUGAACGUGAGAGUGAAGUUCCUGUAGCCCUAGACGAUGUGUACGUCUUACCAGUUUUAGAUGAAAAUCCUAGCACCGAUGAAACAGAGGAUGUGGUGACAAAAGAGUAUGAAGAAAAUGUCCCGAAGGAUGAAGAGCCUGCAAACGCAGUAAUAUCAGCAAGUCAGGAAAUAACUUCACCCACGCACAUCACCUGUCUCACUGUGCAACCAAACAGAGUUCUGUGCGGGAAACAGGAGACACUUUUUAUCAUUUUCAAAGAGAAAAUAGAUGAUCAGUCGGAUCCAGAGGUGGAGUUUUCAUCUGAAAAUGUACCUGCAAAAAGGGUGCCAGGCACCGUGGAGAAUGAAUACACCAUAAGUGUUACUGCACCUGAUAUGCAUGCUGGAAUUGUGUCCCUCACUAUGUACACUGGCCAGUCGUCUGUCAGCCUGACUCCUGUUACGUAUUACACCAGCAUGGGUGAAGUCAGUCGGUAUCUUGAAAAUGCUACAGAUCCUGUUAACUUCAUCUGCCAGGCAUUCAACAUAACAGCCAAUGCAACAGAAUCACUGGACAGCAUGUUGUCCGACUCUUUAAAAUCCAAGAUCCCUUCAACUGGUCUUCAGCUGUUUGGAAUCAGACAGAUUGAGGAAGACAAUAUGUCAGCAUAUCAGCGGAAUGAGGAGCUUCCUACUUUACUCCACUUUGCAGCCAAGUAUGGCCUGAAGAAGCUGACCACCGUUCUGCUUCAGUGUCCUGGAGCUUUGCAGGCUUACAGUGUGAUGAACAAGAAUGGAGACUACCCAAACACGCUUGCAGAGAAGAGUGGUUUUAAUGAUCUCAGGCAGUUCAUGGAUGAAUUUGUUGAGACUGCAGACUUGCUCAAGUGUCACUUUGAGGACACUAUCAACACAGACGAGAGUGCAGAGGUAUAUGAGUUGAUGUCCACUAACUCUCAAGAUAUCAUGAUGAAAUACUCGGGUUGCUCAGAGGAUAUAUAUGAGUCGAUGGUGGGGAUCAACCCUGAAUGUGCAGAGGAUUUUUAUGAGGUGAUGACUGCAGUAGAUGAGAACCCUGAGGAAGCUAUGCUUCGGAAGUUCUUUCAAGCAAAACCAAAUGCCACUGAAGUCAAGAAGGACAAUGAACCUCUUCAAAGUGAGGAAGAGGAAAAAGUUGAUCAUAAUAGCUUAGAUGAAAUUGAGGAAGAGGAAGACCCAUACAACCUCUGUCCAGAGGAUAUCUAUGAUACUGUGGAUGCAAAUAGUACUUACAACCCAGUAGUCCUGAACCGUCCACCAGCCCCCAUCCCCAGGCCUGAGCAAAACACUGAGCUUGAAAAGUCUACGACGUACAUUUCUAGAGUAUUUUCAGAUAAAGGUACAUCUGAGAAUAAAGCAAAGGACAUGGGAUAUCAUGCAGCUCGGCCUGUAGUGGAAGCCCCCACGCCUGCAUAUGAUCCUUACGCUGGGAUGAAGACCCCUGGGCAGAGGCAGCUCAUAUCUCUGCAAGAGAGGGUAAAAGUAGGAGAAAUUACUGUGGACGAAGCAGUCCAAGAGUUUAAGGCUUGGCAGGUUGAUCAUGAGCGGAGGGCAAACUCCAUACGCUAUCAGCAGAAAAAUCUGGAGACAUUACGAAACAGCAUCACCAGACGUCAUAAAGAGAGAGAGAAGACAGGAAAGGAACUUGAGUAUGAGAUAAGUGCACCCCUUCAGAGAAACUCAUUCUGGGGCACUAGUAUGACAUUAGAGUGUGCUGUGUAUGAGUCGACACCCAGAGCGACGGCUCAGCCUCCUCCUGUGGCUCAGGUUAUCCAGAGAGGCAGCUGGAAGACAGGUAGCACAUCCAGCACAUCGAGCACCGAAAGCAACAGACUCAGCACGCACAGCACCUUUAGCUACAGCAGCGGUACAGAACCUGACGAGGACUCAAUAGAAAGUUUCCCUCCUCCACCACGACCGCCACGGCCAGGCAGUGCUGCACCUUCCAUUCCUCCACCCAGGAUUCCUCCACGGAACCCAGAAAGGGUGACAGAGAUGGUCCAUGAGCGUUACAUAUCCUGCCCGACACGAAUACUUCCUCAAAGACCUUCUUACAGGCCAACUGACUCAGCACCUCCUGUACCUCGCAGACAUCGAUGAGAGCCGCACAUCUUCAAUUUUACUGAAUUUGAUCUCUCAAGUUGUAAGUUAUUUAUUGUGUAAGAGGGAUAGAGAAGGUAACGUGUAGCUGUAAACAACCAUCAGGUUUAGCAAGAUGAACUCAUGCAGAGUAAUAGUUAUAUAUUAUUUAAUUUUUUUUCUUUCUCAUGUAUGAGUCCACCGAACCAAAACAUCCAUUUCUCAUGACUGUGCCUGUGAUCCAUGUGUGAUAUGUUUCCGCUGUAUUUGCUAUGGUAUGUCUUUACUGUAAAAAAUAUCGUAAAAGUAAGUUUGUAGUUGUAAAUAAAUGUGAGAUUUUCAAAGAAUAUAAUUGCAAUAAAUAUUAAGUGUCCUAAUGAAAAUCAUAA